AUGACCACCGAGCUGUUGACCACCGGACUAUCGCUGAUCGGACUCCAACUGAUAUCCAGGCUACUCACCUUCAUCCUCAACCAGACGCUCGUCCGUGUCGCAUCGCCCGAAGCACUCGGCACCGCCUCCAUCCAGUUCGACGUUCUCAUCAACACCGUCCUUUUCUUCAGUCGGGAGGGCGUUCGCGGUGGACUAUCGAGGACUCAGGAUGAGUUCAAUCGGCUAUCAAACUCCGAAUUAUCAUCCUCCAACCAAAAACAUCCUCCUCAAGGAAGCCCCUCAUCGAUAAUCACGCGUCGGCAAGAGAUAGUCAAUGCAAGCUUCCUGCCGAUACCGAUCGGGAUCUUAUUCUCAUUCGUCCUAUUUCUCAUCUAUUGGCUCACCGUCGAUCAGAGCACAGCAAACCAAGCCCACUUCCAAACCGCCCUGAUAUUCUAUCUAGUGGCGGUGCUAUGCGAGCUGCUCUCAGAGCCGGCGUAUAUCCAUCUGAUCCUUGCCGGUCAGACCGGCCGGAGGGUCAAGGUGGAAGGCACGGCGGUCUCCGUCAAGACCCUUGCCACCCUCUUCGUAGUCAUGCUUGGAUAUCAUCUCGGGUACGAUUGGGGACUGUUAGGCUUCGCCACUGGCCAAUUGGCUUACAGCUUCUCUUUGACCUUCGGGCUCUGGAGCCCCCACUUUCGCGCCCGAUCAGCACAACUUGACCCUCCCAACCAGGCCCUGUAUCCCCGCCAAACUGCUGAAUCCCAGCUUGUAUCAUCGAAGGCUGGGGCUUUAGACUCUUGGAUCGCUCAGUCUGACUUAAACCUCUGUUACGCGCUUACCCGUCAAUCGAUCAUCAAACAGUUCCUUACCGAAGGUGACAAGAUGAUCAUUUCGAAAAUUUGUCCUAUCGCUCAUCAAGGGGGUUACGCACUCGCAAUGAAUUAUGGUUCAUUAGUCGCACGGAUACUCUUUCAACCUAUUGAAGAAACGUCUCGAUUAUAUUUUUCAAGGAAUCUCUCGGCAUCCCGUUUGGCAGAAAAGGGAUCAGAUUCAAGCUCAAAAAAUGCGGUGAUGACAACAGGCUUACGAGGCUCAAUUGAUCUACUGACCAAUCUAAUCCAGUGUCAUCUCUAUCUGGGUCUGGUCUUUGUGACUUUUGGACCACCAUACGUGCGGCUAGGCUUGUGGAUACUUCUAGGGCCACGAUCAGCAUAUUUGCGGGAUGGCCCCAGCUCGACGAUCAUCCAGGUGCUCCGGGCGUACUGUAGUCUGCUCCCACUUCUGGGCAUGAAUGGGAUCCUUGAGGGAUUUGUGCAGUCAGCAGCAGACGAGAAGGAGCUGGAUCAGAUGAGCAAGUUGAUGGCCCUCUGGUGUGCCAUCUUUGUCGCUGCCGUCGCGCUCUUCAGCUCUUCGUGGGCAUCCGGAACACUCCUCAUUACUGCCGAAGUCGCCAUCGUCAUCGCCACCGGUGUCAACAUGAUCUGCAGGAUCCUCUAUGGAUGGAAAUUCUCCGGGCGAUAUGUCCACCGCAGAGCCGCUGAUCGAGCACUUUCCCUAUCUAAAGCUGCGCCCUCCGCUAUGACUAUCCUCGCAUUCAUAUUUGCUGCCAUCUUUACUAGGUGGAAGCGAAUUCGGGCUAUUCGGGCGCGUUGGCCAAAGAAAAACCAACCGAAGCAUUUCUAUCUAAAGCCGUAUUGA